AUGGCCCUCUCAGAACGUAAAGACUCCCCAAGUGAUCCAGGAAUAGAACCCCGAGGCCAACUUGAAGGCCUCUCCAAAUUCUCACCUUCACACAUCACUAUUGACAUGUUCAAUAACCUCCUUGCACGCUACCCUAACACCGUCAAGACAGUGAUACGACGCAAGGAGACCGCAAGGGCCACCAAAGCCGCCACAGCCCGAGAGAAGAAGACAAGAGGAAAGGGGAAGAAACACGCGGCAGAUUCUGCUACCUCGAAGCAUACAUUGACACCCGAUGAGAAAAAGUCUAUCGACAACCAAGUCCGGGCAUACAUGGCUCUGGACGAGUUGCGGUACGCGACUCUACCAGCGCGGGUGCGGGAGAGAGCUACCGCUGCUGCCACCGUUACAGAAGGGAAAGAAUCCAAGACAGAUGUCUCCGGAUACCUAGAGAAAGAUGAGUUGGUGCAGUUGAUCGAGUGGAAGCUGUCUGUCUCCCCAGUUCACUUAUUGGCACGCGAUAUUGACAGGGAUAGAAAACACGGCGUCUAUCGUCCUACACUCCUAGGUCUGGUCCGCUCGAACCAGGCUGCUCUCGUCCGCCGGACGACGGCCUCUGCGUUUGCUACUGUUCCGGCGUCAGAUCCAAUGGCCGAUCUGGCGUCCGCAGAGGUAGAACCAGAGGGAGAGGCGGAGGGGUCGGACAGCGCAUUCCCCAAACACAGCCUAGAGACAUUGACCGCUCCGCUCCGAGGUGUGGGUCCCGCAACGGCUUCGCUAAUUCUGUCCGUUGCGACGGAGGCAGCGCCAUUCUAUAGCGAUGAUGUCUUUCUUUGGCUUUGCUUGGGUGUGUUUCCCUCUCCUGAUGCCACCGCCGAGGAUGGCGGGAGGAAGAAGGGCGGGAUGUCGAAUCGGAUACGUCCGAACGGCGAACUCAACGUCAAGUAUAACAUUCCGGAGUACCGGCAGCUCUGGGAGGCUGUGCGGCGGCUGCGGGCUAGACUGGCUGCGCAGUCUUCUGAUGCGGUUUCCUGUGCAGACGUUGAGAAGGUGGCGUUUGUGCUGAGGCAUUAUGAUGUCUCGGGCUAUCCUGUUGAGGAUGGUCCUCCUGCUGCUCAGGGAGAUGAGGAGACGAAACGGAAGCCUGAACAGGAUGUUCAAGCAGAGGAGAGAAGCUCGAAAAGAAGACGAUGA